AUGGACGCAACUUCAACAAACCUUCUCACACUCCAAUCCUCCACCCAAUACACCCAAUCCCCUCUAUCUGAAUCUGAUAGAUUCACGUUGGAACAAUUGAUGGGAACACCACCAGAGACCCCAGUGUCCGGUACUCAAGGUGGCCGCGGGCGAAAUCAAGGCGUUGGGGGGCGAAACGGCGGCGGAGGUGGGCGAAAUGGCGGAAAUGGUGGGGGGCGAAGCGGCGGCGGUGGUCGAAGCGCCGGCCGCCGAGGAGAGCAGGGGACCGGAGGAGGUGGCGACCGAAGUGGUGGGCGAGGCGGCGGAGGCGGAGGCGGACGCGGCGGCUGUGGCGGCGGCGAUGGCGAUGGUGAUGGCGAUGGCGGUGGAGGCCGGCAGUCGACCUACUAUAGCAAUGAAGAAUCCAUUGCUGUAGCCAGAGCUUGGUAUGCAGUCACGACCGAUUCUAUAGUCGGUACGGAUCAGACCGACGUUUGCUUUUGGAAUCGCGUUCUCGAUGUGUACAACGAAUUCAAACCAGAUGGGAGCGUCGAGCGUACAACUAGCCAGAUCCGGAAGAAGUUCGGAAGGAUUACUAAAGCGUUGAAGAGGUUCAGUGACAUAUACGAGACCCAACUCCGCCUUGCUGAGAGCGGUCGCACCGAAGCCGACGUACGAGCGUUGUCGUAUCAGUUGUACAAUAUUGAAUCGUGGCCGAAGUUUAGAUCUCAUUAUUCGACCGAGGUCGAAGUUGGGAUGGUCCGAAGGGUCGCAGUCGGGCGGUGCCAGCGGUAG